UAUCCUGACCGCUUGUAUGAUUUGAACCUUGAAGAAGGCUUCUUUAUUGGUGGUUGGGUGAGCGGCUGAGAAGUGGGGCGCGCGGCCUGGCUGAAAGACUUACAUUAACUAAGUAGACCGUAGCUCUGAAGUCUCCCUCCUGAGUCCUCCCUCAGCGCCUGUGAAAAUCCGACCGUUGCUAUUAUUCUACUAACUGAUCUACUCCUUUGGGGCCUUCAGAAUGGGCCACUGGCGAGAUAUCUUCAACAGCGACGCGGGGCGGACCCGCCACCGCCUGCAUAUGGAACAACACCGAUUGCUUCCUGCUUUUACAGAUGACCAGGUCUCUUCUACCCUACCCUCUAAGGAGGUGACAAAAGUCGCUCUUCGUCUGAAGUACCAGCUAGAGCAAGUCAUCCCUUGCGAGCUAGAUGAGAGUGAUAUUGUCAGUCCGAAUAGUCGGGUUAUCACAAGAAAUGUGAUUCAGACAGCCCGUCUAGCAGGAGGCGAGGACCUGCAGGCCUGCGUUCCAUUCUGUCUCCUCGUUUGUCUGCGUUGGUUCAAGCUUCAGGCUCAGGAAGAGCUCUGGGAUUCUGAUUUACAUGAGCGCAGAGCCCUUGCUUGUGAGGUCAUAGCGAAGAGAAUCAUUGAAACCGAGGAAGAUCAGGACAAUCUACUCAUCAAUGUUCUCCUUAAGCGGUACUCGAUUUUCAUUGAUGGUGGAGAGGCCAUGCCGGCUAAUGUCAUCGAGCGCGCUGUUGAUCUACAUGCUUUGAGGGUCAUUGGCUCCUCGGGUUAUCAAAAGUGUAUCAGAUACCUGUGGAAUGGAUGGUUCUGCCAGCAAGAGGGCAAUCCAACCAAUUUCGUUCCCUACCUGGAGAGGGACAACACGAGUUUUGCGGUUCACUUCCACCCAGAUCGGAUGAGGACGCCUCUAUAUCAAAACAUUUGCCAGAUUUUCUUCUCCCUUGUUUAUCUCGGACUAUACACCCAGGUUAUCAACACAGUGAACCCCACUGGUGAUCUAGAUGCCGUGGAGGGGAUCCUCUAUGUGAUGACCCUUGCCUUCAUCUGCGACGAAGUUUCCAAACUCUGGAAGGUCGGAUGGCACUACUUGGACUUCUGGAAUGCCUUCAACUCUACUCUCUACGCAAUCCUCGCCGUAUCUUUCUUCCUGCGUGUGGCUGCCUUGGCGCAUUCUCAAUCUGUUCAUGAUGCGGAAAGACAAAGCCUGAAUGAAUUGAGCUACAACUUUCUGGCUUUUGCGGGGCCGAUGUUCUGGAUGCGCAUGAUGCUCUAUCUCGAUUCCUUCCGAUUUUUCGGUGCCAUGUUUGUGGUCUUGAGAGUCAUGAUGAAGGAAAGCUUGAUCUUCUUCGCCCUUCUCUUCGUCGUUCUUGCAGGCUUUUUCCAGGCAUUCAUCGGUAUGGCUCAAGUGGAUGAUGAUACUCCCAUUGUGAGAGGUAUUGUGCAAGGAAUGGCGAACAGCGUCAUGCAGAGCCCAGAAUUCAGCACGUUUGAGGACUUUGCCUUUCCGUUUGGUAUCAUCCUUUACUACGUUUUCAACUUUGUUGUAAUGACCAUUCUGCUCAAUAUCCUCAUUGCACUCUACAACAGUGCCUACGAGGAUAUCUCGGGGAAUGCCAUUGACGAGUACAUGGCCAUCUUCGCUCAGAAGACCAUGCAGUUCGUUCGCGCGCCGGAUGAGAAUGUCUUUAUACCUCCCUUUAAUCUGUUGGAGAUCAUCUUCUUAGUGCUCCCGUUUGAGUGGUGGCUACCAAGACAAUACUAUGCCAAGCUCAACGAUGUCAUCAUGGGCGUUAUAUACUCACCCAUCCUCUUUAUCACAGCGUUCUUCGAAGUGCGUGACGCAAGACGCAUUAGGUGGAACCGUCGGCGCGGUGAAGAGGACGACGACGACGUGCAGGAAUGGGAACACGCCGCCGAGGAAGUUGACUUUGAUCUCGAUGAUAGCUGGACCCAGACCGUACGGGAAUCUACUCCAAACAUUCAAGUGGACAACACCACCUUGGAGAUUAUGCGGCUGAAGGAGCAGGUUAUUUCGCUUACCGAGACAGUCAGAGUCUUGGCCGAGGAGAAGGCUGGAAGGAGUAUGAUGCUGGGGGAGUCAAGCUCAACCAUUGUGGAUCCAGAAUGAGCGUCAAUGUAGGGAGGGGCCGUUGUCUUUCGGUUCUUGGUGUUUAUGAUCUAUACGCUUCGCCAUGUAUUGUGCAU